UUGCGUUUCAGAUAAAAUGUCCGCUACGGAGUUAGACGGGGUGCUAGAGCCCCUAGCUUCCGAAGAACCCGGAGUUUGGAAACCCCAGCAGUUCCUGGAACCCUAUCUUGCAGAAGAUUUUGAGGUAGAAUCUCAUGCAACCAGUAUACUACAGCAGGGUAAUAUUAAUCAAGAGGUGAACAAGCUGAGUAUUGCGUUAUCUGACCUGGACUCUACUAUACAGUCUCAUGUAUCUCUGCACUACAAUGAUCUACUAUCCAGGGCUGUAUCCAACUCACAGCUAGAGCAGAGCCUAGCUGCCAUGGCAACGCAUAUUGGGAGUUUGGAGUUGAGCAGUGAGAGAUUACGAUCUAGAGUAGCAGAACCUUAUGGCAAGAUUAAACAGGGAACACAGAGUCUGGAGAGAUUACAGAACACUGCUGAUAUCCUCAGACGAGUUAUCCGUAUCCUUCAGCUGUCUAAACGCUUAUCUGUACAGCUGGCUGGAACUGGGGACCUAGAUCUUGCUAAAGCAGCGUCAGGUCUAGCUGAGCUUGGAGAACUGGUUGAAGGGGAUCUAUCUGGUAUUGAAGUGGUGGAAGGAGAGGUUCGGAGAAUGUGGGCGUGGAGAACAGAUGUUGAGAGACAGGGGGAGACACUGCUCACCAGAGGUAUGGAGACUGCAAACCAGUCCCAUCUUGGCACAGGACUACAGGUUUUCUACAAUCUUGGAACUCUUCCUGAGGUUCUAACUAAACUGUUGGAUACUUCUCUCACUAGGCUUAAAACUCAAGCCUCUGAUCUGCUAGAUAUUAGGAAGAUAUCUGCUGCGGCGGAUGAGGCGGGUAAAGGCGGAAGUAAGAAUGGUGGAGCUAGUAAAGGAGGUGGACCUGGUAAAGCGUCGAUGCCAGCACCAAGUAAUAUGGCAGCAUUUAGAGCAACUCUCUGGACAAAUCUGGAUCAGGUUCUUGAAUUAGUGCGGACUACAAUAUCUCGGAUUCUCCAGCUUCAGAAAUUAUUAGCUAAGAAACAAGAUCCUAAUACACAUCUGCCUUACAUAUCCGCCCUCGCUCAGGAGGGGCAUGAUCCCAGUAUAGUUGAUCUAUCCUGGAGUAAAGUAACGAAGAUUCUUCGUGAUGUUCUUGUUACAUCAGCCUCUAAAUCCAACUUCAUUAAGCAGGCGUUUGAAGGAGAAUAUCCUAAAAUGCUUCGUCUUUAUCUUGAAACCUGGAGCAAGCUUAGAUUAAGUGCUGUACAAGUAAACACUACAGGACUGAUUAUGGAUGAAUCUCUGAUAAUAAAAGAUCCAUUUUUAAACGAAGAACUUGGAGCAGAUUUAAGUGAGAGUUUGGAACAGUUUGAACACGCCUAUCUUGCCAGAUCUCUCUCCAGGCUCUUCGAUCCGGUCAACCUCAUGUUCAGCGGAGGUGGAGUGCCAAGCCAGACCGAGGUGUCAGGUAUAUUCACUACCCUCAGUAGUGAGCUCAAUAUCGGAGCAGUUGAACCUAGGCUUCAGGCUUCAGUCCUCAGUAAUGUUUCUAAAACGAUUAAACUGUUCUGUGUGAAAUGUGAGCAGGCGGCGAAGGCAGAUUCAGAUGCCAGUCAAGUUAUAGGUUACCCAACAGUUGCGCAGAAGCAGAAUGUCGAGCUUGUGAAUAUUUUGGCAGAUUUCCAGAUUGGGUUAACCCGUCUUGUUGCUGAAAAUAAAUCUAAGAAGAUAGAAACUCUGCUCGAGGUUGGAAAAGGAAUCAGUGCCCAAAUGGUCUCUACGAUCGCCCCUCUGUUGUCCUCUAUCGAGGACGCUGUUGAGGCCAUCCUGCUGACGGCCCACAAGGAGGAGUUUGGACAGGAGGAGAACAGUAAACAACCUCCUUGCUCACCUUAUAUGAAGGAGCUACAAGCUUUCCUUGAGAGAAUAUCUAAGGAUUUUCUUCAGCAUUUCACAUGCAAGGAUUUCCUUGAUGGAGAAUUGCGUCCUCUAGCAGAAAAGAUUAUUAAUGAAUUCGUCUUACAUGCCAGCCUCAUCCGUCCUUUAGGUGCUGGUGGUGCACUGAGGCUUGCCAGUGAUUGCGCGCAACUUGAGUUUGCGCUGACCCUGAUCCUAGGCCCAUCAGGAUUUAGUAGCUCCGGUCCAACCGGACUCAAUGCUAUUGGUCCAGCCUACCAGCUUCUCCGGUCUUACAGGGCUCUGCUCUUCCUAAACCCAGAGGAUAUUCAGAAAUACGACGGUCUGGGUUCUGUUGUUCCGUACUCGGUAGGAUUACAUCUCCUUAUCUCCAGAUGUCCACCUGUUAUGCCUUCUCCUCAGGCUUCUCUGGGUUGGGGGUUAGCGAGGUAUACAAGGUGGCUCCAGAAACAUGAUGAAAGAGAAAAACUGCUUCUGAUUCAGGGCACAUUAGAAGCAUAUGUAGCCGGGUCUAGGAGUAGGUCGGAUAAGAACUAUAUUCCUCAGUAUCCAGUCCUACUUCAGAUACUACAGAAGGGAUUGGAAUCUUGAUGUUUGAGUUAAUUGUGUGAUACGUACAGUAUACAGUGGUACCCAUAAAGCUUUGGAAUAGAAAAAUGACAUUUAACCAAUCAUGUCUGUAUUUGAUCUUUUAAAGCAAUUAGUUUUAUCAAUGGGUAAAAAUUAUCUUAUUAAGUUGAUUAUGGGUCCCGCUGUACAAUUGUUAUUAAUAUAGUAGUUUCACUUAAAAAUUUGUAAGAACAGCUAUUGAAUUGAGAUUGUACUACAAGGUUUAUUGAAUGUUUUUAGUUGAAAUGUUUACAUUCCGAUUAUUACUAUUACUAUUUAUAUUUUAUGUAUUUGAUUAGUUUUAUCUCUGUGUUAUACUGUCUAUCAUCAACCAACGCGUGAUAUUUGCAAGUUUGGAAAAUAAAUUUUUAAAUAAAAUUAA